AUGGUUUCAAUUGAAAUCAGUCACAAAAAAUGCUUCCAAGUUAAUGCUGUUACGAAAAUUAAUAUUGUAGACUUCAAAUGAAAUUCAAGUUUUCAAAAAAAUCAGCUGAAGCGAGAACCUGCUAAAAAAUUGAAUCCCUUUGACGUUGAUUUUAAAAAUAUUCCAAGAAUUGGAACUUCCCAGCAAACACCUAAAAUUGGAACAAAUGGGAAAUGAUAUAUGAGAGGCUGGAAAAUCAGACAUCCAUCAAAGGUUAUAUCGAUUGUCUAUAAAAUAUUUUCCAAAUAUUUUGGUUAUAAAGAAUUAAUCUAUUCAUUAAAAAUUUGAAUAUUCAUAUUGGAGGAUUUGACUCGUUUUUUAAACAAGAACAAUUUCAGAAGCAUAGGGCAUCUAUUUCCCCAGAUAGUUCAAAAAGAACAGCACAAGAAAAUAUUCGCUAUGGGUUCAAGAGAUCAUCUCUAACUCCAAUAUCAGCUAGAAGCGUAUCAAAGCAAAAUGAUAGAAGUUAUUCUCCUUACACACCUAUGAAUAUGAUUUCAACUUAUAAAUAUAAGAAAGAUGAUGAAAUCAAAGAAUAUUUAGUAGACCAAGAUUUAUCCUCAUGAGAAGAGGAAACGCCUAAGCAUAAGCGUUUUUCAAGCUACUCUUAA